GAAGAAAACACUCUUUCUUUAUAAACUCGGUAUUGGAUGAAAUAAAAAAAAUAUACAGUGAAAAUAUGAAAGACUUUAUAUUGAGAUCCAUAUUAUCCUGCAAAGUUUACAAGAGGGAACAUACCACUGGUGAAGAGUUUGAAAUCUCUUCUGGAUUGAAACAGAAUGUCAUUGAAGAAUAUGCAAUGUAUAACCGCCCAAUAUUUUUAAAACGCUGUAGUUUAUUUGCCAAGAGAUAUUACCUGUCUUAUCCAAUAAUCAGACAUGUUAUGAACACAGCACAUCGUAUUUUGCCUACAGUGAUUUGUGAUUUCAGACGUUACUAUGAGAUAGGGAUGCUAACACUGCACAGUUUCCAAGAUAUGGUCCUCCAAGAUAUAAAGAGAGGUGCUUUGAUAAUCACCAACAAAUUUUACACCAAAACCUUCAAGGCUGUGCAGAAGUCGAGAAUGUUAAGAAGUAUCUCCGCGAAAUAUUUGCCACAAUUUAUGCGAUGCCUCACAAACGUAUUCGUGCAGCAAAUUCUCAGUGUGAUGAUGAAAUCGAUCGAUCACAUAAUAAGCAUCAUGAAAGAUGCUCAUUCCUGCCCCCGAAUUGAGUUUCAAUUAGUAUGUGAAGACAACCAGCUUGUGACUCGGCCAGACAUAGAAGAAGUAUUCUCGAUAUACCACGAUAUUAUCAGGAAUAUCGAGGUUAUCGCGCAGGAUCUGAUGCCUCUGGAAGAAUGGCUGGACAUCAAGGCGGAACCUAUGAACGAGCACGUGGCGCUCGUCUCCGAAGAAUUCGGCGAUGUUUGCGCGUCGAGCACCAGGAACCGAAUACGCUCGUUAACUUCUAGGCAGCCGAACUUCGACGUAUAUCUGACGUACAUACACAAGUAUAAAGAAUAUUUGAGCAAGACGAACUUUAUGCUGUCCAAUUUGUACUACAACAUAGGCAGAUUGGAACAGAUCAGCGCCAAGGAGUCCCUGAGGCAGAUCUGCUGCGAUGUUAUUAACAUGCUCACGAUAGAACUCGUGAGAUACCACCAGGACUUCAAUCGUUCCAUCUGCUCGGACUUCGAAGACUUGAAAUCCACGGCGCUGAACAUUCCGAAGGAUGCGGAAUCACUGAUACAGUUGAGCGAGUACAUGUCGCACGCUUCGAAGGUGUCGAUGAAGGAGCAAGAGCUGCAGAUACGACAGUCGAUCUACAUGCUGUGCAAAUUAUCGGACAUCGUCGUGUUAAGCGACGAACACGUCGAAUUGAACAAGACCACGGUGAAUUGGCUGUGUGACAUUCAGCCGAUAUUCGCGCAGAACAACACGCUGUGCGAGGCGAUGAAGAGCGAGCUGGAGGAGGAUCUUCAACGACGGAUAAACACGCUGAACUCGGAGGUCGACGCGAUGUUUCCGCAGCUCGUCAUCCUGGACAACAUGGACGAUGUGAACGCAGUUGGGGAGUAUGUGGAGCACUACAAGGACCUGAUCAAGAGAUACGAUCGCAUGAACAGCAAGAUGCAAGUCAUCAACUCGGAAGAGAGGCUCUUCAAGUUCCCCGAGACGGAAUUCCCGAAGAUUAUCGAGCUGAAUGAAACGAUCGUGCCGUUCUACACGCUGAUAUCCACUAUCCAUCAAUGGCAACGGGACAAUUCCGUGUGGCUGAACGGUCCGUUCGAGUGUCUGGACGCCUCCGUCAUCGAGAAGAAGACCAUGAGCUUUCUCGACGAGAUCACGGAAAUGAGCAAGACAAUGAAGUCACGCAUCAAGAUGGACGUAACGGCGAACAAGUCCUACAAAUUCGCCGGCAUCGCCGACGAUCCCGACCCGAUGCAGCAGCCGGCGCCAUUGAAACUGGCCUGGCAAGCGCUGAACAACGUCAACGAGUUCAAGGUAUACCUGCCACUUGCAGUUUGCAUGUGCAAUCCCGCUCUGGAGUUGCGCCAUUGGCGAGAGAUGUCCGCGAUAUGCAACUUCGAUCUCACACCGAAUGCCGGGACGAGCCUGAAGAAAAUGAUCGACAUGAACCUGAUGGACAAUAUCGACAAGUACAAGGCUAUAAGUCUGGGCGCCAACAAGGAGCUCCAUCUUCAGCAAGAGUUGGCUGAGAUGAUCAGAGAGUGGCAGCCGGUGUCGUUCGAGAUGACGAGCGACGCGCGGUCGGGCACGGUGGUUUUCAAACACGUGGACGACAUCGAAACGCUGCUGCGAGAACAGCUCAUCAAGAUCGAAGAGAUGAGAGCGUCUCACUUCGUCAAGCCCAUAUUAUCGCGCGUAGUCGACUUCCUCGCUGUCCUCACGAGGAUCCAAGAAAGCCUCGAUCAAUGGACGCGUAUACAAUAUCGUAAACUCCUGCUGGAUCUGAUAUUCUCUUACCCGGGGAUAGCGGCGCGUUUGGACGAGCAGGCUGCGAUGUAUCUAGAAGCAACGAGAAUUUUGCAAGACGUCAACGACAGGUUCACAGAGAACCCGAGUUACCAAGGAAUCAAGGAAUCGACGGAUUUACUAGAGAUCUUGAACCAGGCCAACGGGAAAUUGGAGAAAGCCAGCAAAGGCGUGAAGGACUACUUGGAUCUGAAGAAGCUGUCCUUCCCGAGGUUCUUCUUCCUCGAGAACUCCGAGAUCCGGGAAAUAUUAUUCGAGUCCGACAUGAUGAAACGUCACACGGUUGUGAAGAAGUGUUUCCCUGGUAUAGAACGAUUGAAAGUCGACAAAUCUAACUGCAUUCAGUGCAUCAUCGGGCGCUACGGGGAGAGCUUACACUUGGAAAGGAACAUCCCAAUGCCUACUGACACCGAGCGCGAGGAGGAGUGGCUGAUUCAGCUCGAAAGAGAGAUGAUAAAUGCGGUUCGCGGAAGUGUUGCGCGAUAUCACUCUUCAAGUGGUAAAAAAAAUCCGAUACCAGUCGCCGCUGAUAAUGUCGCGAGUAUGACGAUCGUUUGCGGACUUCAACUGCAUUGGACUUCCUCGGUGGAAGAGUGCCUCACGUCGUUGAACACCGCAGCCUUAAAAUCCUUGUCCACAAGGUACACCGAUUGGGUAAUUUUGAUGACGAACGAGCUAAGAAACAGUUUAGCGCGAAGAAGUAGGAGCCUACUGAUGUCGUUGAUCAUUAUCGUGUCCGUCCACAAAGAUAUCGUGGGACUGCUGUUGGAGAGAGACGUGACCGAGCGAAGGGACUUUGAAUGGGCCGCACAGUUGAGGUAUUAUCGUUACGACGAGGUUGUCGAGGUAUCGGUAUUCAAUGCGACAAUCGAGUACGGUUACGAGUAUAGCCAUUAUCAGCAGGUCGUCAUUAAUACACCCUUGACUGACAGAUGCUUCCGUGCUGUGAUGCAAGCGUAUCGUUAUCAUUUGUUCAGCAUUAUCAUAGGCCCAACUGGCGCCGGUAAGACCGAGGCGAUCAAAAGCUUGACGAGCACUUUGGCGAAGCCGUUUUACCUCGUCAGCUGCAGCCACGAUGUUUCCUACGAAUACGUGGCGCAGACGUUGAAAGGAGCGGUCUCCUGCGGCGCGUGGAUCUGCCUGGAGAAUUUCGACGGACUGAAGCUCGAGUUGCUGUCAGCGAUCGCUCAGAAUCUCUCACAGAUGAAGCAAGCGGUGUCGUCCAGACUGAAGACCGUGAACCUCGACGGCUGCGUUUUGAACUUGAACGCCUCCGGCAACGUGUGCGUGAAUAUCAAUUCGGAACGAUCAAGGCAUAGUAACCUUCCUGGUAAUCUGAAAGUUCUCUUCCGUCCCGUCGCGAUGAUGGUGCCGGAUGUCGGCAGAAUCGCUGAGGUCGUGCUCUUCGCCGGUGGAUUUCUCCACGCGAAAGAUUUAGCGAUGAAAUUAACGCUCACUUACAAGUUAUUAUCCGAGCACCUGGAGGAAAAGAAUUGUUAUAACCUCGGCCUGUCGUCACUGAAGACUGUCAUCGAGACCGCGAUCAGCAUGAAACGAAACCUGUCGGAAGAGAACGAGUACACGCUGCUGCUACGCUCGAUCAUCGACAUAAACAUCCCUCAGUUGUGUAACACCGAUGUAAUUAUCUUCCAGGAUAUAAUGCAAGACGUCUUCCCCGAGAGUGUCAUGCUCCCGUUCGAUCACUCGGCGAUUUCGAGCGCGCUCGAAGACGUGUGCGCAAAGAGGCGCCUGACGUUGCACAACAUCUUCAAAUUGAAAGCCAUACAGACGAUCGAGCUGAUGUACGUCCACCGCGCUCUCGUACUCGUCGGCGAGCCUUUAAGCGGAAAGACGGAGUUACUGCAUACCCUCGCCGAGACGUUGUCGUUGCUGCGCGAUCAGAGAAGCAAGCUCGGUGCCACGGUGAAACUCGAGACUGUCCUUCCAGGCGUGGUGAAUAGCGACGGGCUCUUCGGGCACAUCCGUGAAGAAUCUGGAGUUUGGAGGGACGGUUUGUGCACCGUCGUGCUACGUCGCUUCGCGGAAGAUCCCUCGACGGACCGCAAGUGGUUGGUAUUCGAUGGAGCUUUGAACGAUGUGUGGACAGAGAAGUUGUACACAGCUCUGGACGAGAACAAGACGCUGCAUCUGGCCUCCGGCGAACAUCUGGCCAUGACGAAGUCGACGUCCGUCGUCUUUGAGACGGUGAGCCUGACGGAAGUCUCGCCCGGCUUAAUAUCACGUUGCGGGAUCAUUCACAUGGACGCUCACUCCAUCGGCUGGAGACCGUACGUGGUGUCUCAUAUAGCGAGGCACGAAGUUUACAGCGGUUACGAAGAAGUGCUGAGUGCUCUGUUCGAUUGGGCGAUAGACCCAUGUCUGAAUUUCCUGAGGGAGAACGCCGGUGUGCCGAUGACUCGUGGGUUGCAUCUCGUCGUGUCGACGUUGAACCUAUUCGAGAUGCUGUUGAGAGACGCCUGCGAGAACGCCGCUGACGACACGGGAAAAGAUAAUUACUUCGUCGUGUGGGCGCAAGCUGCCUUGAUUUUGGCCAUCGCUUGGGGACUGGGUGGGAACUUGAUCGACGACUCGCAGACUCGAUUCAACGCCUUCUGCGUGUCCUUCUGGAACGGCGCGAACGCGAAGUAUCCGAAGCCCGACAGCAUCAGGCAUUUCGACGUAACGUUGCCUAACGAGGGCCUGAUUCAAGACAACCUGUACAUCUUCAAAGGCGUCGGCAGCUGGAGAUACUGCGGCGACUCGCUGAAGAGCGAAAAGAUACCGGAGAUGUGUAGCUUCAGCCAGAUUCAUGUUCCGACCAUCAUCAGUGUGAAGUACCAGCAAUUGUUCUCGCAGCACAUUCAACACCGGAAGCCGUUCCUCUUGUACGGCGAUGUCGCGGUCGGGAAGACCUGCAUGAUGCGCGAUCUCUUGAGCAACAAACUACCGGUGAACUGCUUGUCCAAUCACUUCAGCUUCAGCUCCAUGCUCAGCGUGAGUAGAACGCGGAGCUUGCUGCUCUCCAAGCUGAACAGAAUAGGACGCACGAAUUAUGGGCCGGUAGGCGGUCGAUACUGCGUGAACUUCGUGGACGACGUGAGCGGAGCUCACGUGCAGCGACCGGAGGCGCGACCGGUGUUCGAAUUCUUGCGACAACUCCUCAGCUACAGUUACUGCUACGACGCGAGCGAAUUGACCAAGGUUUCCGUGCAGGACGUUGGAUUCGUAUUGGCAGUUACUACGGAAAAAAUCGGUGGAGACGUACCUCUGAGAUUCUUGAGGCACUUCAAUACCUACACGAUUCCGGCUCCUACGACGGAGAAUAUAUUUAGGAUCUAUUCCAAUGUGUUACUUGCCAACUUGAAGAAGAACCUGUUUGCAGCGGACGUUACAGCAAAUGUGAACAGCAUGGUAAACGCGACGAUCGACGUGUAUAAAUCCGUGAUGAAGACGUUGCGACCAGUGCCUAACAAGUUGUGCUACUUUUUCGACAUGAGAGACGUGUCGAGAGUGAUCACCGGCUGUGGGUUGAUCCAGAAGGAGUCGGUGGAGACGAAGAUCACGUUCAUUCGAUUAUGGGUGCACGAGAUCCUGCGUGUGUUCCGCGAUCGUAUGUUGAACGAGGCCGAUAAAGAGUGGUUGUUCCUCAGGACCCGCGACGCGGUGAAGAGCAAUUUCAAGGACUCGUUCGAGAUGGCGUUCGACCACUUGCCUAAAUUUGAGAAUGGUCAGAUCACCAAGGACAGCUUCGGCGAUUUUGUGUUCGGCAACUUCAUGGACACGGAGAGAAGUGGUAGAGGUAAACGGUACGAGGAAAUCGGCUCCAUGGAGACGUUGAAGAACAAAGUUCUCGCUCAUUUAGACGAAUACAAUGCUGGCGCGAAGAAAAAACUCGACAUCGUCGUGUCUCACUACAUGCUGAAGUUCCUGAUCAAAAUUUCCAGGAUCCUCAGCACCCCCGGUGGCAACGUACUAGUGAUAUCCAUGAUAGGAUCCGGCAGGAAAUCCAUGACCGCCCUUGCCGCUUUCAUGCAGCAGCAGAGCUUGUUUGAAACCACCAUAGAAUCUUAUUACGACGCGAAUGCCUGGAAGAACAAUUUGAGGAAAGUUUUGCGGGAGUGCGGAGCGUUGCGGAAGGACGUUACGUACUUCAUGAGCGAGCGACAGAUGAAGAAUGAGUUCUUGAGCGACAUCAGCUGUUUGCUGAGCACCGGAGAGCUGCCCGACUUGUUCUCCGCCGAGGAUAAGCAGACUAUAAUCGAAAUGAUACGACUUCACGCUCAGGCUGGUGAUCGAAACGCAGAACUAAGCGCACGCUCGGUGAUGCUGUAUUUUGUGGAGCAGUGUAGGAACAGAUUGCACUUCGUGCUGUGCUUCAGUCCCACCAGCACCAUGUUUAGAACGUACUUGUGUUCGCACCCGAAUUUGACGAAGCAUUGCACGGUGAACUGCUACGAAGAAUGGCCCGAUGAGGCCUUCCUGCAGAUCGCGGUAAAGCACAUGAAGAACGUGAACGUGCGAGAGGAGAUGAAAGCGCGAGCGGCGAAAGCCUGCGUGCGAUUUCACGACGAUGCGAGGCGGAUGAGCUCGAGGUACCGUGAGACGUUUGGCAGGACGAUUCACCUGACGUCGUCAGCCUUCUUGCACAUGUUGAAGUUGUACACGCGGCUUACGUCGCAAAAGCAGCAGGAAAUCGUCGCUACGCGCAACAGGUACGUCGCGGGCUUGGAGAAGUUGGAAUUGGCGGCCGAGCAGGUGGAACAGAUGAAAGCCACUCUGACGAUCUUGAAGCCUCAAUUGGAAUUGUCCGCUCAACAGACGGUGAUCACCAUGAAGGAGGUAGAGAACGAGAACGUCACCGUGGAGCGAGCGACGAUCGUCAUGAAGCAGGAGGAGGAGAUCGCGAACAAGAAGGCAGAGAUCGCGGGCGCUCUCAAGUCCGAAUGCGAGGCUGACCUCGCCGUCGCUAUACCCAUCCUCGAAGACGCGGUGGUCGCCUUGAACACCUUGAAACCGACCGAUAUUACGCUAGUGAAAGCGAUGAAGAAUCCCCCGGACACCAUCAAGCUGGUGAUGGCGGCGGUUUGCGUGAUGCUGGGCGUUCCGCCGGACCGCUCCAUCGAUCCGGUCACUGGCAAGAAGUACACGGACUACUGGGGCCCGAGCAAACGCAUCCUCAGCGACAUGAACUUCCUGCAGAACCUCAAGGACUACGAUAAAGACAACAUAGCGCCCGCGGUGAUGCAAGUCAUCAAGAAAACGUACAUGACAGACAACAGCUUCAUGCCGCAGAUAGUCGCGAAGGCGUCCAGCGCCGCCGAGGGCCUCUGCAAGUGGGUACGCGCGAUGGUGUCCUAUGACGAGGUAGCCAAGGUGGUCGCACCCAAGAAGAAGAAGCUAGUCGAGACGCAGACGGAGUGCGACGAGGCCGAAGCGUUCUUGAACGAGAAACGGCAAACCUUGGCCGCGCUGAACGCGAAGCUGGCAGCGUUGCACGACAGUCUGCGGCAAACAUUGCAGAAGAAGCUGAACCUGGAGACGGAGGUGGCCACAUGCACCGCCAAAUUGGUCAAGGCGGAGAAGCUGAUCGCGAGUCUGGGUGGCGAGAAAAGCCGUUGGAUGGAGUGCGCUCGCAACCUUCAGAUGGAUUACGACAACCUCGUGGGCGACAUGUUGCUCUCGUGCGGAAUAAUGGCCUAUAUGGCGUCUUACAACACUUCCUUUCGCGACGAGAUAUUGAUCGAAUGGAAGAAGGUCAUGGAAGCCUCUGAGAUACCUUACACCAAAACGUACAGCUUCGUGAGCAUCUUAGGCGUGGAGAUUGAGAUCAAUCAUUGGCAACUUUACGGCCUGUCCAAGAACCGCUUCGCCGUAGAGAACGCUCUGAUCCUGAAGAAUUCGGAGCAGUGGUGUCUCUUCAUCGACUCUCAGAAUCAGAUUAAUCAGUGGAUCAAGAGGAUCGAGCAGAAGAAUGACCUGAAGAUCGUCAAACUGACGGACGCUGAUUACAUGAACGCCAUUGGACAGAAUAUCGAGAAUGGUGUGCCGGUUUUGCUGGAGAACAUUGGCGAGACACUGGAAAUCGCAUUGGAGCCGAUUCUACUGAAAGAUAUUUAUAAGAAUGAUGACGAUUAUUGGUACAUCGACAUCGCUGAUAAAUCGAUCAGAUACUCGUGGAAUUUCCGAUUCUACAUCACCACGCGGCUGUCGAAUCCGAAUUACACGGCCGACGUCUUCAGCAAGCUCACGAUCAUCGAUUUCUCCAUGCCCGACGGGACUCUGCGGGACAAGCUGCUGGAUAUCGUAAUCUCGAAGGAGAGACCGGAGCUUCAGGAGAAAUUUGAGACGCUACGCGUCCAAGACGCCACCAACAAGAAGAUUCUCCAACAUCAAGAGGACAACAUCCUGAGCAUUCUUUCGUCGACCACAACGAACAUCCUGGAGGACGAGAAUGCGAUUCGCACGUUGGAUUCCUCCAAGACUCUCACCGUGGGCAUCAUGAGACAACAAGAGGCGGCUAAAGCGAUGACGAAGGACAUCAACAAGUUCAGAGACGCCUACUUGCAAUUUGCGGAUCACUGCGCGGAGCUGUUCUGCACGCUCAACACUCUCUCCAACCUGAAUCAUAUGUACCGUUUCUCCUUCUCGUGGUUCAUCCAGCUGUACAUCAUCUCGAUAGAGACCUCGAACAGGAGCGUCAUUCUCGAGAAGCGAUUGCAGUUUCUCAAGUCCUCGUUCACGAGGAACCUUCACUCCAGCGUCUGCCGGUCGUUGUUCGAGAAGCACAAGCUUCUGUAUUCCUUCCUGCUGUGCGUCAAGGUCUUGAUCGACACUAAGCAGGUCACGCAAGAGGAAGUCAAGUGCUUCACCUCCUUCAAAGCAGAGAAGCGCGAUACAACCUCGGAGGAAGCACCAGAAUGGUUAUCGCCGGCUACGUGGAGGCAGAUUUGCCGAUUAAGUUCUACGCUGCCAGAUUUGCACGAGCUCGCGAGUGAUUUUCGCUCCAACGACGCAGCCUGGAAGAAAUACUGCGAGAUUGCGCCGUUUCGCAGCCACCUGCUACCGAGACCAUGGGUCGACAGACUGACUCGCUUUCAAAAGUUGUUGAUUGUCAAGGCGAUACGACCUGAUAAGAUCGUCGUGGAAGUAAUGCGACUGAUCGAGGACACGAUAGGCGACGUGUUCAACUCGUACCCGCGUCUUCAGAUAUCCGAAUCGUACGCGGAAUCUAGCUACUUCACGCCGAUUAUAUUUAUCCUGCCGAGCUACAGCUCGCCCUUGUCGCUCGUUUCCAGCUACGCGAGCGCCAGAGGUUACACCUCGAAAUUCGUGUCUCUGUCUAUGGGCGAUGGUCGGUUGAGCGAGGCUGAGCUUCUUGUGAAACGAGCGCGUAAGGACGGCGGAUGGGUGCUUCUGCAGAAUUGCCAUCACGCUACUCGAUGGAUACCGCGACUCGAGCAGAUCUGCGAGGACCUGAGCCUGUCCGUCACGUCCUUAGAUUUCCGACUGUGGAUCUCAAGCUGUUCCACUCCGGACUUCCCGAUCAAUGUCUUGCAGAACAGCGUGAAGAUCGCGUACGAUUGCCCACUUCAGCUGAAGCAGAGUCUGCUGAAGGCGUAUCGGUCUGAACCCAUCGAGUGCAAGGAGUUCUUCGAGGGAUGUCCCGGCAAGGACAAACAGUUCUCCAAGCUCUUGUACGGGCUCUGCUUCUUCCACGGGGUCAUCCGGGAGAGGAGACACUUUGGCCCACAAGGAUGGAGCAUCCCGUACGAUUUUGACCAAGAGGAUUUUGAAAUGUCCAUCAGGCAAUUGCAGGAUCUCAUUAAUGAUAACGAUCAGAUCAUACCAUUCGACACUCUGCUCUAUUUCAUCGGAGAAUGCAAUUACGCCGGGAGGAUUAUGAACAGUUUUGAUCGUAGAUGCCUGCGAUACCUGUUGGAGUCCUUCUGCAAUGCUCGCGUGGUUGACGAUAGCGAGUACACGUUUUCCGAGCACACGGAGCACGCAGUACCGCAAAGAUGUGAGUACCGUGAUGUCAUCAGGCACAUCAACAAUAUGCAGUUGGACGCACCGCCGGGAGCCUUCGCCGUCGACGAGAACGCUCUCGUCACAAGGGACGCUGCCGUCGCUAGAGAAUUCAUGGAAUCGAUAUCUCUGUUGGAUCAGGUUGGAUCGCCGAGCCAUAAGGUCAUGGAGGAUCGCUUACGAGAGGCCAUCGAUGAGAUUAACGACAAACUGCCUGCCUUAUUUGACGUUGGUGCGAUACGGAGGAAGCAUCCACUUACUUCACGUGAACCGUUGAAUGCGAUUCUCGUCCACGAAGCUGAGUUGAUCAACAAAAUCGUAAUUGCAAUUGCGAGGUCUUUGGACGAUUUAAGAUUAGCGUUAGACGGCGACGUUAUCAUGAACGAUUGCUUGGAGGAUUUCUCCAAAGAGAUAUGUAACAACGAGGUCCCGCGUAUCUGGCGGACAAUUGAUGUCAGUAUUGUAACUAGAUACCUGUCAAGUUACAUCGGCUUGCUCACAAAGCGUGUAGAAUUUGUACGAAAUUGGCACGACAAUGGUACACCCAGUGUGAUCCACUUCGACGCUCUGUCCUGUUGCAAGAGAUUUUUGUCCGCGGCUCUUCUCACGUUCUCACGACGUCGCAAUGUGUCGAUCGAACAAGUCGCAUUGGAUCUUAAAAUAACGAAGGACGAUCGCGACGAAUACGACGAGGAGAGUGCGGACACAUAUUACAUUCACGGUCUGCAUUUAAUCGGCGCUCGAUGGGAUACGCAGCGACACGUGUUGGUCGAAAGUUUAACGAAUGUAUUCUGGUGCGAUAUGCCGCCUGUACGUCUCACAUUCAGCAGAGACGAAAGAAUCGAUGAUGAGGCCUACGAGUGUCCUGUAUAUGUCUCACCGAUGCCUCACGACGAAGCGGAUGCCGAUAAGAAUGCAAAUGCGAUAAGAAAUUGGUAUAUCGCCAGUGUGCCUUUGGAGACUCAUGUGUCGCCUAUGCACUGGAUUAAACGUGGCACAACAUUAUUUUGCCAAGUGGACAAGUAAUUGAAGAAGACAAAUAGUGUUUGAUUUCAAUCUAAGUACUUUCAUGAGUACAAUCGUUUCUACUUCCGGUUCGAUUCCGCCAUAUAAACGAGGGGAAUGACAGGUACAUACAUGGAUCGUGCGAAUUAACGUGAAGCGGCGAAACACGGGGAGCGUUAGCCUCACUGGGGUGGAAUUGACGCGAGAAGUACGCACGCCGAG